UCCCUUUUCCCCUCUUCUCUUCCUUCCUAGUAUCAAUUUAAAACCGCUUUUUUCUUCUUUGUUUUUUCUUUUCUAGCCUCAUUUUGGUUGGUUUGCUUUAAACCCUUGUGUUUUUUUUUUUUUUUUUGUGGUAAGUGGUUUGGAUUAAUUAACUCAAUGUCCGUCACUGAAGAAGCAGUUCAAUUUCAGUUACCGGUUCAUGAAACCGUCUUUACACCUGAAGAAGUUGAAGAGUUAUUAUCUUAUCUUGAAACUGAUGAACCGAUUAGUCCAAACUCUGGUUCAGAAGGUUCGAGUCGGGCGAUAUAUUCAGCGGAUGAGAGGAAGCAAAGACGCAUGAUAUCAAACCGAGAGUCGGCGAGGCGGUCGCGUUGGCGAAAGAAGAGGCACCUGGAGAACGUCACGGAGGAAGUGAACCGGUUGAACAGAGAGAACCAGCAGCUUAAGAACCGGCUAAGUUUAGUUAUUAAUCAUUGUCACGUUGUAUGGCGAGAAAAUGAACAGUUAAGAUCCGAAUCCGAAGCUCUUUGGGCCAAACUCUUGGAUCUAUACUGGACUUUAGCCGCCAUGCAGUCACAAUAGCCUGCAUUGAAGCUUUUAACUUAACUAAAAUGCGAUCACAUCCCCAAUAAAAAAGCUCUUAAAUUAAAUGAAAACCAUUGGAAAAUUUGAAAAGCAAAUGAAAGAGUUUGAGCUUUCUCUUCUUAGGCAACAUUUGGUCAGAAAAAAGGUGGUGGUUUUUGAUAAACCCCACGUUAUUAUCAUGUAAAAAGAUCUUCAAGUCGUCU